AUGAACGCCGGCGCCGUGCUCAACUUCAGGCUGAGGAAGAGAGACACGGAGGGCUUCGGCGAGGAAUCGAGGGAACCCACGACCGGUGACAAUAUCAGAGAGUUCUUGCUGAGUCUCAGAUAUUUUCGAAUCUUCAUUGCCUUGUGGAACGUCUUCAUGAUGUUCUGCAUGAUUGUGUUAUUUGGAUCUUGAAAGUCAUCCACAAACAUGUCUGUUAACUUGGAAGAGACUUUUGGCUGGAAACAUAACUUUUCUAUAAAGUAAAAUAUUAUAAUGCUUUCAAACGUCAGCCCUGGGAUUGUGGCCUGUUCUUCGGUACAAACUCCUAACACGCUCAAGGGACGGGACACGUUCAUCUUCUUCAGCCAGUCAUGUAAUAAUAUGGUGCGUGCUGGUUUGCUUGCUGUUGGGGGGAUUGAGCCUUUAGGCCCUUAAGCCAAAAUCUUCAAAGUAAAAUUAUUUCAACUUUACUGAAAUAAAGAGAACUUAAAAUUGUUUUGCUAGGCUUAGAGUGUAGUGCCCAGUAUGCGAGGUAGAAUUGGAGCACGACUGAAGACCACAGUCUUAAAACUCUGCAUUGUUAGUCACUCUCAGCUCUGGCUGUGUCUGGUAAUGUCACCGUUGUCUAGGGUACUUGGAAGUCGUACUUCUCGAUUCUCGUUUUUAUAAAGUUGAGCAAAGUAUUGGUGUAACUUCUCACUAUUCCAUUUAGUUUUGUUGGAGAAAUAGAAAAGGAUGGUUAAGAAAAUGGGAUUCUGACCUUCUCACUGUUUUUCCAACGAAAUGCUUUUUAAAUUAAAAUCUCAAGGGUUUUUUUCUAAGCAAUACGUAAGGGAUUUUGAAUAGGAACAAUAGCAAAAAUAAUUCUAUAAGCCAAUGCUAAGGAAUAGUUUUGGAAUAAUCUUGGAUUUGGUUGAAUAAAGUUGUUCUUAUUUAAGGGUAAAAUACGUAUUUGAUGCCUU